UGUGCGUAUGCGUACCUGCCAUGCAUGCGUGCGUGUGUGAGUGGGCGCGUGAGUGUGCCAUGCCGUUGGUUGUCCUAUGCGGAUGUCACGGUUGCUGCCCGCCUCGUGCAUCCCAACUUCACCCGACCGUUGUAAAAGGAACAGACUACACGUCCCUUCGGAAUUCCACUGCCGUUCCAACGCACGGGGCUGGAGCACUGCUUUCUGCUCGUCUGUCCUCAGUCAUCAACCGGCAUGUUUCGGGAGUAGCCUACCGAUAGCUCCCUUGCUCGCUGCAUCUCUGUGUUACGGUUCAGUGCUGCUGAUACCGGUGGUUUAAUACUACUGGGGGAAUACCUACACUGCAGAGAGAGGGAGAGAGCGAGAGAGGGAAGGAGCGGAGAGGAGGAUGGUGCCUGGUGUAGGAGGAGGGAGGUGAUCAUGGCAGAGUGGUGCCUCUGACCCCCUCUCCAAAGAGCGGAGACUCUACCACCUCAACUACCUCCUCCCCCUCAUCCACCCCCCUUACCCCACCCCCUUUAACAUUUACCUUACACCCCUAACUCCACCCCCCAACACCAGUCACCAUGACAACCUCAGCGUUGCGUCGCCAGGUGAAGAACAUUGUUCACAACUACUCUGAGGCAGAGAUCAAGGUGCGCGAAGCGACCUCCAACGACCCGUGGGGCCCCUCCUCCUCGCUGAUGUCAGAGAUCGCUGACCUCACCUUUAACGUGGUGGCGUUUGCUGAGGUCAUGGGCAUGGUCUGGAAACGCCUCAACGACCACGGGAAGAACUGGAGACACGUCUACAAGGCCCUGACGCUGCUCGACUACUUGAUCAAGACCGGCUCAGAGAGAGUGGCUCAGCAGUGCCGCGAGAACGCAUUCACCAUACAGACGCUGCGUGACUUCCAGUACAUGGACCGUGACGGCCGUGACCAGGGGGGCAACGUGAGGGAGAAGGCCCGCCAGCUGGUGUCUCUACUCAGGGAUGAGGAGCGGCUCAGACAGGAGAGGAGCCAGGCAUUGACGACUAAAGAACGCAUGACGGCGGGAACGGGGGGAGGAGGAGGAGGGACAGGGGGAGGAGGAGGAGGGACAGGUGGAGGAGGAGGAGGGACGGGGGGAGGAGGAGGGACGGGGCAUGGAGGGGUACCUCCAGCGUACCACCCAGGCCGAAGGACCAGCCAGCCAAAUAUGGCAGCUCUCUACGGGGAAGAGUCCAUCCGCUCCCGGGGCUCGCCCUCCUCCUUUAACUCCUCUUCAUCCUCUCCUCGUGAAGCGUCUGAUCUAGAGCAGGCCCGCCCCCAGACCAGCGGGGAGGAGGAGCUACAGUUACAGCUGGCCCUGGCCAUGAGCAGAGAGGAGAGUGAGAAGUGUCUCCAUGGUAACUGUGUUGAUGAUGUCACCAUGCCGCCUCUGCAGGACCAGCUUUGUCUCCAAGGAGAUGAGUCGUUGCUGCAGAGAGCCCUGGACGAGAGUAGGAGGGACAGUCACACAGGGACAGGGGAGUCUGCCAUGUUGGAUCUGGUGGAUAUCUUUGGCCCCGCUGAGGCACCGCCCCCAGCUGACGACCCCUGGAACGCCCAGCCUGCUGUGACCUCUGACCCCUGGGACUCUGUGGCAGUCCACACCAACACUCCUGUGAUUGGUAGUCCCUGGGCGACCCGCCCCUCCUCCAGCAGCCCAACCAAUCCCUGGGCUCUGUCACGCUCUCCCACCUGGAAAGCCCCGCCCACAUCAUCAUCCAGCCCUGUCAAUCGCGGCUGGGAGAGCCCGCCCACUCUUACAGCGGAAGGUACUGAUAGGACAGAUCUCUUCUCUGUCAGGGAGGAGGAGAGUAAAGGAGAAGAAGGAACAUCCAGAGUCUUCAGCCCUCUGACUGGCAGUCCUACUGGCCCAGACCCGUUUGGGGAGCGUGUUCUGCCCCCCCAGGUGAACGGGCGAGGGGGGGACAGUCCGGAGAUGUUUGACCUGUCCCGUCUAGCCCCCCCUCAGGGCUCCGCGACCCCCCGGAUGUGUCGCACCCCAGAAGCCUUCCUGGGACCUACAGGGGCAUCGCUAGUCAACCUGGACGCACUCAUACCCCCUACUCCUCCUAGCAGGACCCACAACAACCCCUUCCUCUUAGGUCUGAGCGCUCCCUCUCCCACCAACCCAUUCCACUGUGACCAGCCCCGCCUCACCCUCAACCAGACUCCGCCCCUGCUCCACCUCCCCCCUACCCCCCACACCCUCCCCUACAGCCCAUCUCUCCCCCUCCCUCUCCCACACCAGCCCUCCACCCUCCCCUCCUCCCACACCCAGCCCUCCACCGGCCUCCUAGACAUCCCC